AUGCCUGAUUUCUACCCCUCUUUGGCGCAAUGCGCCCUGGUUGCAGCAGCCUUCAAGGUGCUCCUCUUUCCCGCAUACAAGUCGACCGAUUUUGAAGUACACCGCAAUUGGCUUGCCAUUACCAACUCUCUCCCCGUGCAGGAAUGGUAUUACGAGAAAACGUCGGAAUGGACCCUCGAUUAUCCACCUUUUUUCGCUGCCUUUGAAUGGGUUCUUUCGCAGGUCGCGUACUAUGCGGACCCUGCCAUGCUGGUUGUGAACAACCUCAACUACGACUCGUGGCAGACUGUAUACUUUCAACGCGCGACGGUGAUUGUCACGGAGCUGGUUUUGGCGUUUGCAUUGAACCGAUAUGUCAAAUCCGUCCACCCGGACAACACAAAUCUGGCGCACAUUGCGAGUCUCUCGAUCCUGCUUUCGCCCGGCCUACUCAUCAUCGACCACAUCCACUUCCAAUAUAAUGGGUUUCUGUACGGAAUUUUGAUCUUGUCGAUCAUCUGGGCGCGCAGGCAAUCGACCCUUCUCUACAGCGGGAUAUCUUUUGCUGUGCUGCUGUGUCUCAAACAUAUAUACCUAUACCUGUCUCUGGCUUGGUUUGUUUACCUGCUGAGGUCCUACUGCCUUAGCCCGCGAUUUCGUCCCCAGAUUUGGAACACGAUCAAGCUCGGGGUUAGCGUGGUUGCUAUCUUUGCGCUGGCAUUCGGGCCCUUUGCUUACUGGAGCCAAUUGCUUCAACUGAAAGAUCGGCUCUUCCCGUUCUCUCGUGGUCUUACACAUGCGUACUGGGCUCCAAAUAUUUGGGCCAUGUAUGCUUUUACAGACCGAUUGCUGAUUCCACUUGGCCCUCGUCUGGGUCUGUCUGUUAAUUACGAAGCCGCACAGAGUGUCACUCGGGGCUUGGUUGGCGAUAGUUCGUUUGCGGUACUUCCGCAAAUCACCAAGGAGCAUACCUUUGGUCUGACCCUUUUCUUCCAACUGCUAUCUCUUAUCAAACUGUGGUUCCGUCCAGAAUGGGAUAUCUUCGUAGGCGCAGUUACACUGUGUGGCUAUGCGUCUUUCCUCUUCGGCUGGCAUGUGCACGAGAAAGCCGUUCUCCUGAUUAUUAUUCCUUUCAGUUUGAUCGCACUAAAAGACCGGCGGUACUUGGGCGCCUUUCGACCACUGGCCGUGGCCGGCCAUGUCUCUCUGUUCCCGCUUCUCUUUACGGCCACUGAAUUUCCGGUGAAGACGGUGUAUACGAUCUUCUGGCUGAUCUUGUUUCUGUUUGCCUUUGACCGAGUUGCACCCGUUCCGGAGCGGCCGCGUGUGUUCUUGCUAGACCGAUUCUCUUUUGUGUACAUUGCCAUCAGCAUUCCGCUGAUUAUCUACUGCUCGCUCAUCCACCAGAUUGUCUUUGGCUUUAACCGGUACGAGUUUGUGCCACUGAUGUUUAUGAGCUCUUAUUCCGCUCUGGGGGUGGUGGGCAGCUGGGUUAGCUUCAUGGUGUUAUUUAAGAGGAAACCUGUUCAAUAUCUUCCGCAACCGCCAAUUGAAGAUGACAGCUCCGAGGUUUGGGUCAUUCCCGAGACCAAUGAGGUCUUCACCACCUACGAGUCGUAUCUCCAUCGACGGGAUUUCUACAAACAAACCCGCUUUAUUUGUGAAAUCACCGGCCAUUCCGGCUUGAAUUUUUACGAAGCUUUGCAGAGUGAAAUGACAGAGUCCCGAGAGCUUAACAGCGCCUUUCCAGAUGCUUUGAAGGAGCCUAUACUGCGCCGAGUGCAGUUCUCGACCGUGUCAAGAGUGGACCACCUAGUUGAUGAGAUAUACGAAGAAUUCAAACAGGACUUUUACCCCGGAGAACACGUCGCCACCGUUUUGAAGGAUAACACGCGGCUACACGGAAUCAUACGAGAUAAGAUGAAUUUUCCGCGCCAGUACUACACCGACGGCGCUGUGAAAUCCGAGGCGUACGCGAGGUACUUGGUUAGAAUCGUCGACCGUCCCAACGAAGAAGCUCUACUUGAUCAGGACCAUAUUACGCGCGACCGCAAGACCUUUUCCAAGCAGAUGCUUCGCGCUUUCAUCAAAAACAAUACCACCCGAGAAUCAUGGAAUGGAGCCCCUUGGCUGGUGAAACCGUCAAUCGCCGAGGAAUACAAGAUCCCGAUAGAGGUCCCGAAACAUCUACAGUACGGAGCUCGCGUUGCCGAGAAGAAGGCCCUUAAAAGGGCCGAUCAAGAUGGCCAUUUCGGAUUUUUCUCUUCCAAGAAGCUGCCCGAACUGAAACCGGCAACUGGGAACGUGACGAAAACAAAACUGUCUCCUCAAGAGCUAGCCAGGAACAAGGCCGAGCAAUUUAUGGAAUACAAGCGUUCUCUAAAUGGGGAUCCUUCGUUCCUAGUUUCCGCGCAGCAGGGAGCAGGGCCUUCACCAGUUAACGAUGAAGAGGCCGAAAGGAAGCCACUGGUUCCGGUAGUCCCUUUGAAGAUCGAGCCACCGCCUCCACCCGUUAUCAAGUAUCCAAUUGAAGAUUUGGACCUGAAGCACGAUCCUGGACGGAAAUCUCGACCGAAGCUGAAGCUUGACCUCAACCAUAGUUCUGAGAUCACCGAUGAUGACAAUAUUCUACCGCAUGAAAUCAAGCCGGAGUCUGUCAGUCUUUUCCUCGAGACUUGGAACACACUAAAUGUAUACUGCGAAGUCUUUCAGCUGGACUCUUUCACUUUUGACGAUUUUGUGGAAGCUGUCCGUUUUUCAUCAGACGAAGCCGACUGUGAAUUGUUUGUUGAAUUACACUGUGCAGUUCUCAAAAAGUUGGUCAACGCCCAGAAGGAUAAUGAUGGCGCCAUCCAAGUGUCUCUCCCUGAUCUCCCCCAGGCAGAAUCCGAUGACUCGGACUCCGAGGACGAAGAUGGGUCUGAACCGACACCUGAGCCAGAACCAGUCGUUACCCGGAUGACCACAAGAAGUAGCCUGGCAAAAGCUGAAGCUGCUACUUUGAAAGAAAACUUGGAAAAUGGGGACGUUUCCGACGCGGAAGAACCUCGGGUGCAUCGAGCUACUGAACUGUUUGAACAGUACGACUGGAUUGAUCGACUGCGCAAACGUGAUUUCCGAAACGGUGGUUGGCAGGUGAUUAUGGCCGGGCUGUUACAUCAACUGUCAAUGCGACCGAAAAUGGAGAAGGUGUGCGAAGGAAUAUUGAAACACCUCGUUCCCCUGCACAUUCAGCCAACCCAGGAAAGCGUAUCGACACAAUACAGCACGCUUGAUGUCAACCUCCGGAUUACCGCGCUGCAGAUUAUUUGCUUGCUUAGUCUCGAGACCAAGGCUAUCAGGAAUUACCUCGAGGAAUGUAGCAACCAAAUGACGGAACACCGCAAGGAAAAGAUCGAGCAUCAACGAGCACGGAAAGCAGCACUCGAAGAACUGCGUAAACUUCAUGCCGAGAAGAAGGCGCAUGAACCGGAGCCUGAAAAGGAAGGAGCUGAAAAGGAGAAAGAAAAAUCAGGCAAAGAAGAGAAGCCUUCUUCAUCUACUGUUGACGUGGAAAUGUUGGAUUCUGUGAGAUCUGAAGAUGACGUCGAUACCGAUGAAAUGAUGGACACGGAAGACGAGGGUCCAUCUCUUCGCGGAGGAACAGAUCGAAUUCUCGAGCGCAAACGUCGACUCGAAGCAGAGCGAGAGCGGAGAGAACAGUUGGCGAAGCAGCCAAAGGGUUCCAAGACAUACCAACGCAUAUUGAAGAAGAUCGAAGACCAAGAGGCCAAGAUUACAGCCUUGGAAGAAGAAAUCGCAACUGUCGAUAACGAUCUUCGAGAGGCAGAUUGCCCGAGAACCAGGUGCCUGGGGAAAGACCGGUUUUGCAACCGAUACUGGUGGUUUGAGCGCAAUGCGAUGCCUUAUGAAGGCCUUCCAAACAGCUCGACAGCUGACGCGAAAUAUGCCAACGGCCGACUAUGGGUGCAGGGGCCUGAUGACAUGGAACGAGAGGGGUUCAUCGACCCGCCAGAACACAUUCGAAAAAAUUAUGCCAAGGAGCACCGAGUGACUCCUGCCGAACGCAAGAAACACGAGGAAGGUGAAACCAGCCUCCUCGACGCUCGCCACUGGGGGUACUAUGACGAGCCCGAGCAGCUGGAAGAGCUUGUUCGCUGGCUUGAUACGCGCGGUCUCCGCGAGAUCAAAUUAAGGAAAGAACUUCAACUCCAACGUGGUCACAUCACCAAGUACAUGAAAUCUCGGAACGACUAUCUCACCCAGGCAACCGAAAGGGCCGAGUCGGAGGAACCUCCCACCAAGCGAAUGACCACCCGGACCAAGGUUUUCGCAGAUGACCAGAGACACCGAUGUCUGAAGUGGAAAAACACCACGGCGCUGAGCGAGUUGGGGCACCUUCAUGUUGAUGCUGGGCGUCCUACAAAGCGGGUAAAGCGGGUGGCAGACGAGGUGAAAGAGUUGAAAGCGGCCAACAAACAGGGCAAGCCUCUAUCUCGACAAGGCUCGCGAUACAAGUUCUAA